UUCCUCUUCUUUUCUUCUUACAGCUCCGCUCCACACCCUCUCUCUCUCUCUCUCUCUCUCUCUCUCUCUGUUCUUUAAACACAAUCUAUCUAUAUAUAUUUUCUAUUGGUAGAUAGUAUCUCUAUUUCUCACCCAAUCCUCCUCAUUCCCUUCCCACUUUCAAAAUAAUACAAUUGAAGACAUGGCUAACUCUUUGAAUCAUCCUGUUUCAGACACAGCACUGUCAACCCCAUUGCUAUCUGCAGUAACAACAACAAGAAGCUGUAGCGACACCAGCAGUGAUGCCGAUGACAGCCCCGCAACCUCAUGUCGGUUCGACCUCCACCAUCUCAACAAGUAUCAAAUUUCAAGCAUACCCGAUUGUGGGUUCAACUCAUAUCGAUCUUUGGCAGUUCUUUCGGGCCAUAUUGGAUCAGUUUCUUGCUUGGCCUUGUGUGGUGAAUUCAUACUCAGUGCUUCACAGGGCAAGGACAUCAUUGUUUGGCAACAGCCUGAUCUGAGACAGUUCACAAAGUUCGGUCAAGGCGAUGGCUCAGUCAAAGCGCUUGUCACAGUUGGUACUAAGGUAUUCACAGCACACCAAGAUAGCAGAAUCAGGGUUUGGAAGGUGUCAAGAAGCUCUGAGAAUGUAUUCAGGCUUGUCGAUACCCUUCCCACUACAAAGGACUACUUGGGGAAAUUCAUGAAGCAAAGCAAUUAUGUGCAGACUAGAAGGCAUCACAAGCGCUUGUGGAUUGAACACGCGGAUAGUAUCUCUUGUUUGGCGGUAUAUAAUGGAUUGAUUUAUUCGGGUUCUUGGGACAAGACCCUUAAAGUGUGGAGGAUUUCGGAUUUGAAGUGCUUGGAAUCAAUUAAAGCUCAUGAUGACGCAAUAAACGGGUUGAUUGCAAGCAAAGGGAUUGUGUAUUCGGCUUCUGCCGAUGGGAAGAUCAAAGCAUGGGGAAAAGAGGGGAAAAAGGACUCGCAUUCGCUGAAGGGAAUCUUAGAGGGCCAUAAGGAUGUGUCCUUGAAUUCGGUGAUUGUGUCGGAGGAUGGAAGCUUGGUUUAUGGAGGGGGAUCAGAUGGGUAUGUGAUGGGGUGGUUGGGUAAUGAGAAUCUUGAUAGUUGGAAGAUAGUUUGUGAUGUGAAGGCACAUCAAAUGGCUGUUCUGUGUAUGUGCCUAAUGGGGGAUUAUCUCUGUGGUGGAUCAGCAGAUAAGAGUAUAAGUAUAUGGAAGAGAGAGAUGAGUGGUGAAUUGUGCAGAGUUGGGGUGAUAAGAGGCCAUGGGGGGCCAGUGAAGUGUUUGCAAGCAUCACCUAAUAGUGUUGGCGUUGGGAGUGGGAGUGGGUUCAUUCUCUAUAGUGGAAGUCUUGACAAAAGCCUAAGAGUUUGGUGGGUUCCCAAGAACUCUACUGGGACUCGGACAGAGGAGGAAGCCUUUAUAGAGUCCAGAGACAGAUCACUACAAAGUACAGAUAAAAAUUCUACAAAUCUUGUGUUAGGAAAGUUUUUGGGAUUGUGAGUGAUGAAGCACUGGUUACUCGUUCUUUUUUAUUCAGAGUCUCCAAUGCUUGUAGUCAUCUGAGAUUUGAGUGUGCAAGGAGGAGAGGCCAAAUUAAGGCCUUAUUAUCCAUCUUGAAGUUGAUUUUCAGAGUUUUGAGUCUUAAAAUGGUUUGGGGUGUAAAUCUUACGUUUUGGGCAUAAUUAAAAGGUCUUGGGUGUAAUUCAUAGGAAGUAAUCAAAGGGAUACUACAGAAUGGUGUGCUUUUUUCCUCUUAUUUAUAAUCUUUUAUUGUUUGUGAAUUGUAAUUAGGAGAUUUUAUGUGAUUCCAUUUAAUAAAGAAUUUACAUAUUUGACAGUUA